AUGACGACCCUUAUCCCCCGCGAGGCGUACUCCCCCGAGGAGCUACAGCGCCUAUAUCCCAAGGACCUGAAGCUACAACUGGUCCAGGUGUUCUUGCGUCAUGGCGAGCGUACGCCUGUUUCGUCGCGGUUUCAAAAUACAGGCCUGAGCCCGUACUGGCCUUAUUGCGGCGUCGCGAGACGUAUGGUCCAGAUGGCUGCUGGCAACCAGGAUCUAUCCUCGUGGAAUGGUUUCCAAUGGCGGCGAAAGAUGGAGGCCUUUGGUGACAAUGAUGAGGCCAUCGUUGCAACUGGCGCAGGAGGCGAAAUCGAGGCCAUGUGUACGCAUGGUGAACUCACCGACAAGGGUCGCGAGACGACCUAUGCACUGGGCACACGUUUGCGUCGCCUUUACGUCGACCAGCUCGGCUUUAUGCCCGAGAUCAAGUCUGAUACAGAGGAUAUGUACCUGCGCGCGACGCCGAUCCCCCGCGCUCUCGAGUCCCUGCAGCAGGCCUUCUGGGGCAUGUAUCCGACUAGUGCACGCACGCAAGAUUUCCCUCCGCCCGUGAUCGUCGCUCGCUCUGUCUCUGAGGAGACCCUUUUCCCUAAUGAGGGUAACUGUCGCCGGUUCCGACAGCUUGCUCGCCUUUUUGCCGAUCGUGCUGCGACUCGAUGGAACGACUCUGAGCAGAUGGACUACCUGAACAAGCUCUGGUCCAAGCACAUGCCUGAGAGUUCGCCCAAGGUGGCUGUUGAUGCUCACCCCCGUCUCUCGGGUAUUAUGGAUACUAUCAACGCUACCGACGCGCAUGGCCCGGCUACUAGACUCCCCUCGGAGUUUUAUGACAAGAAGGGUCGUGCGAUCCUGGAUCGUAUCGCUGUUGAAGAAUGGUUUGCUGGUUAUAAUGAGAGCAGCGAGUACCGUAAGCUCGGUAUCGGUGCUUUGAUGGGCGACGUUGUUGACCGUAUGGUCAGCACUGCUGUGGAUGGCGGCUGGCGAAGUGAAAGCGCUGCAUCUGGAUCUGGUAUCCCCGAAGCUGGCAAGUCCAUCAAGUUUGCCAUGAGCGGAUGUCACGAUACCACCCUUGCAGCUAUCCUGUCCAGUGUCGGCGGUUUCCAAGAUGAGUCUUGGCCGCCUUUUACCUCCUCCGUUGCCAUUGAGCUCUUCUCCCAGGCUGCUAGCAACAAUAUCGAUGCUGGCAAUACGCUUGAGGAAUUCUCUAGCCCGUCCGUUUCCGCUAAGAAGCCCGGUGUCCUUUCAUCUCUUCUUGGUGGUGGCAAGUCGGCGUCUAAGCAACCAACUCCCUCCGAGACUGCUCGUACCCCUGCGACUUCUUUCCCCGAGGAGACCCGUGAUACCCUGCGCAAGCACUAUGUCCGUAUUCGCUACAAUGACCGCCCCGUGCGCAUUCCUGGCUGUGCUGCUAAGGCUGAGAACCACCUGCCCGGUGACGACACCUUCUGCACGCUCGAUGCCUUCAAGGAGAUUGUCGACAAGUUCACGCCUAAGAACUGGCAGAGCGAGUGUGUCGCGAACUUGGGUGCUGGUCUACACGGCCCCAAUGACGAGGCCCGCGCUGCUUCUGGUUUCUAG